UUGAUACUCAAGUGAUCUCCCUUGACUACCAUUCUAAGUUCAAAAGAAUGUCAGGUAUCUCGACACCUAAAUCUCGUAAUAGACACUCUAGGCUAUUUUCUGAUUUUGAUCUACAACAAAGUCCAAUUAAACAAAAUUUUUCAAAUGUUUCAACCCCAACAUCCCCAAGAUUUAAACAUAAACAGUUGCAAUCAUCAGGUCUCCACUCUCGUAAUAAUCUGAUUGUAUCAAGCUCGAGUUCCAACUCGGUCAAUACGAAUAUUAAAGUGAUUUGUCGAUUUAGACCUCAAAAUCAAUUAGAAAUUGAAAACAAUAAUCCUUCAAUUGUUGAAUUUCUUAAUGAUGAAACAGUUUCAAUAAAUGGUAAAGAUUAUACUAAUACUUUCACUUUUGAUAAAGUCUUUGAUCAUAAUAGUUCUCAAGUCGAUAUCUAUCAUUAUUCAAUUCAUCAAACUUUAGAAGAUUACUUUAAUGGUUAUAAUGGUACUAUUUUAGCUUAUGGUCAAACAGGUUCUGGUAAAUCUUAUACAAUGUUUGGACCUUCAUUAUCGGAUGAAGCUUCAUGUGGUUUGAUUCCUCGAAUAACCAAUCAAAUCUUCAGUCAUAUUAAAAAUGGUUCUCCAGAUAUCGAAUAUACUGUUGGUGUUUCUUAUAUGGAAAUUUAUAUGGAACAAAUUAAAGAUUUACUCGAUACUUCGGAAACCCCAUCUGCUUCCCAUAAUUAUACCAUUCAUGAAGAUAAAGAUAAUGGGGUUUACGUUAAAGGACUUAGUCAAAUUUAUGUAUCAUCUUCAAAUGAAUUAUUACAAGUAUUAAAACAAGGUACUAAGAUUCGUGCUACUUCUUCAACAAAUAUGAAUUUUGAAUCUUCGAGAUCUCAUGCAAUUUUCCAAAUUAAGUUAUCCCAAAAAAAUUUACUUAACGGUACAAUUAAAAAAUCUAAUUUAUUCUUGGUUGAUUUGGCUGGUAGUGAAAAAGUUAUCAAAACUGGAGCUCAAGGUCAUAAUUUAGAAGAAGCUAAAAAAAUUAAUAGUUCUUUACUGGCUUUAGGACUAGUUAUUAAUUCCUUAACUGAUAAUAAAUCAUCUCAUAUACCUUAUAGAGACUCUAAAUUAACUAGAAUCUUACAAGAAUCCUUAGGUGGGAAUUCAAGAACAACCCUUAUAAUCAAUUGUUCUCCAGCAUUAGAAAAUGAACCUGAAACUUUAUCAACUUUGAGAUUCGGUUCAAGAGCGAAAUCCAUUCGUAAUGUUGUUCAUAUUAAUACUGAAUCAAGUGUACAUCAAUUAAAAUUAAGAAAUUCAAAUUUAGAAAAACAAAAUCUUCAACAAGCAGAUUAUAUAAAAACUCUUGAAUAUGAAUUAUUACAAUGGCGUAAUAAUGAAACUCCGGGACCCAAUAAUAAAACUUUUAUGUUAUCCAGUAAUAACCAUUUGAAGAAUAUAUUAUCAAGUCCAAGAACUCCUUCUAAAAUCCCAUUACCGCCAACUAAUGAUACAUCUUCUAACCGGCUUAAUGAAGAAAUAAAUCGUCGUGAUAAAAAAAUCUCUGAAUUAGAAUCAGUAAUACUUUCAAUGAAAAUGGAAAAUGUUAAAAAUUCUCACCAAGAUGAACUGAAAUUAUAUAAAUUAGAAAAUGCAUUACAUAAAUUGAAUGAUAAAUUAAAUGACGUUGAGUUAAUAAACGUUAAUUUACGUAAGCAUUUAUUAAUAAGUGAAAAAAUCAUUGAAUCAAGAGAUCAUAAAAUUGGUAAAUUGAAAAAUGCUUUGAAAGAUCAACAUCAUCAAGUUCGAAAAGAAUCAGUCAGAUUCGAAAAUAAAUUAGAUUUGGUUAGAGAAAAACUUGAAAGCCAAAAACUUGAAAAACAACAGCAACAACAACAAACCACUUUCAUCGAAGAAGGUGUUGAAACUAGCUUCCAUCAAAAUGAUUCCCUAAGUAAAUUUCUCACUGAUAACAACAUUACCGAACAAGUUUUGACGGUAAAUUCCAAUCUAGAAAAUAUUAAUACCCCUUCGCCCAAACCUAAACCCAAUGACUUAUUAAUUAGCACCACACCCAUCACUAAGUCUCGUCCUAACUCAGUCAUUUCAUCUCCUUUAUCGCCGUCUCCAAAGAUAGGCUUGAACUUAAGAAUUGUCAAACCUUUAAGAGGUGGUGGUGGUCCUCCCGGCACAAGCACCAAUGGUAAUAAUUCUCCAUUGCUCUAGCAUUCUUAUAAUUCUCCCCUGCUCUAGCAGCCUCAUACUUCAUCUUUCUCUAGCAUUAUACUGUAUAGCUUUAAAUAAAUUGUUGCAAAACUCACCUGCAAAACCCGUACAACCCCUAGGAAUAAGUGGAGUGAGAAAUCCCCUCGCCUGAUUAUGAUCCAAAUAAAAAAAAAC